AUGGCCCAAACUAUUUUAUCGCUCAGGAACAAAUCGGGAACCUUUAGAAAGGCUCUAAAGUCUCUGCUGUUUUAUCUCUGGGACGUUUAUUCCAAACCUGCUCCCUCAGGCCUAGAAAUCAUUUCUCUGCUCUCUAUCUGCUUCACCUUUUCCAUCAUUACAGGUGGUCUGGUGCACCAGUGGCUGUCACAUACUUUAAAAUACAGCCACAUGGCAUCGCUUCAGACCACUUGCUUCUACAGCAUAACCAUACUCCUGGUCUCCUUCCUGUGCCACCCCCUCCGCUGCGUUCUCACAAUGAUCCUGCCCACUGUGUGCACCAAACAGGGACGCAAACUCCUUAUCUCAGCCUCUGUUAUGAUUCUUGUGUUGAACGUCAUCCCUAACAUCGCGGUCAACGUAGGGGCUGUAGCACGGAUCUUGAAGUGUACUGCUGAGGGUUUUACAAGAACUCUGCUGAACUCAUCUCAACCCCUCAACAAAGCAAAGCAAGACCUAGUCAACGAAGCCAUAAAGGCAAGGAGGGAGGACUUAAGUAUUGUCAAAAAUUUAAGAACCCUGGACCAUUUCACUCAUGUUGACAUGUCAGAAGUCAAAAGCACUUUUGCCAAAGUGAUUUAUCAGAUAGAGGUCAACUUAUCAUAUACAAAGAACCUCCUAACUCAAUAUAAGCUGCUGUCAAACCGGAUCCUCGCAGCUAUAUUUGUCAUUUUGCUGAUCAUAGAAUCUGCACGAUAUUUAAAAUCCUAUCUGACAGCUGUUCAUUUUGAUAACCCCUUGACCUCUGCAGCACUUCGACAAAAAAUAUCUCCUGGGGGUAAUAUCCAGCAGGCUAAAGAAAGAAUCCCAGUCCGGAUCUGCAAAAUAACAAGUCAAGAAUGUACCUCUUCUUUCAUAUCACUGGUCAUUGUGACAUUAUACUUUGUUGGAAUUACUCUAAUAGUAUUUUUGGAUAAUGUUGUGUAUCAUAUAGUCCAAAUGAUCAUCCCAUGGGUGUUGGAUUUUCCACCGACUACUGCUGCAAUGACUGUCGAUUAUAAGGUUAAAUGGUUUCCUCCUGCAUUCUGUAUUAUCCCUAAUUCAUGCGUCACAAGAGAGCUGAUAAACUUCAAAAAGGAAUACAAGUGGACUUUCAACCCCGAACCUUCACUCUGCGAGGUGGCAACUUCAGCUCCGAAGCUGGGUGUCUCUAUGCUGCUGGGAUGUCUCUGGAUGAUGAGCUAUUUUUUGGUGUUCCUGGAGGUUUAUGCCAAGCGACUACGCAGAAAUAUCUGUGCGUCAUUUUUCAGAGAACAGGAAGAAAGAAGAAGAGCAUACUUAAUAAAGAAAUUACAGGAAAAACAGAUGAGACACUAA